CCGACAAGGACGGGUGAACGAAGCCGUCCCCGCACCACAAAUGAUCAUUCUAUCCUCCGGUGGCCGGAGAGUGCCCUUCUUCGUUCGCGAUGACAUGGGUGACGUUUUGACACAGAAAAGGGUCUAAGACGGAAAGGUGCUCAAACCGAAUCGGGUAGGGUCGGUGCCGGCAACCGGUAGGCGAGCAUCUGUCAACGGGAAACAGCCGGUCACCUGGCGGACUCUUUUAAAUUUCUUCCUUCUCUCUCUGCCUUCACUCGUCUCUGUUCACUCGCCGUUGAAGCUUAAACAAGCUUCUAGGGUUGGCAAGAUCUGUCCUCUCCUCCCAAAUCUUUUCUUACCGAAUAGGUUUUCGAGAUUAUUCUGUAGUGGUUUUGGCUCCUUGGGAUCGAAACGUCUUGUGGGUAGGUUUUCUGGUGGUUCGUUCGCGGUUCUCUGAUCUCCGGAGCGAUGGAAUCGAGGUCUGAAUCGAAGACCAAUUCUAAUCCUAGACAAGUACGGAGACACAGUGCUGCAAAAUCGAGGGUCUCGAGGCCGAUGGAGUGCGCAAGGAAGAAGGAGACGUUGCAACUGGAUCGGAACGUGUCGGAAGAUGGAUCAAGCACUUCCGAGUCUUCUUGCGGCCUGUCUGUGUUGAAGGCUGGCAGAUUUGAAACCAGGAAGAGACAAAGUAGGGUGAAACCCGUGAAGGUAGUAUCUCAAGGUGUCGGUGAGGCGGUGGUGGUGCCACAGUUGCAGUUGGAACGGACGAUUGGCAAGAGAAGAUGUACUUGGAUCACACCCUUCUCUGAGCCACUUUAUGUUUCUUUUCACGAUGAAGAAUGGGGACUGCCGGCUUAUGACGACCAAAAUCUUUUUGAGCUACUUAGUUUAUCAGCAGCAUUGUCAGAAUUCAGCUGGCCAACUAUUCUGAACAUGAGAGAGAAAUUUAGGAAGUUGUUUGAUAACUUUGAUCCCACCUCUGUUGCUAAAUUCACUGAAAAGAAGAUACUUUCACUUAAAUCCAGUGGUAGUUUGUUAUCAGAGCAGAAGAUGCGAGCAGUUGUAGAGAAUGCAAGACAGAUAUUGAAGGUAAUUGAGGAAUUUGGGUCCUUUAGCAACUAUUGUUGGAGCUUUGUCAACCACAAACCAGUUGUCAAUGGAUUCCGCUAUGCCCGUCAAGUGCCCGUCAAGAGUCCCAAAGCUGAGAUCAUAAGCAAGGACCUGAUGCGGCGAGGAUUCCAUUGUGUUGGUCCAACCAUUAUAUACUCUUUUAUGCAAGCAGCAGGAAUUGUUAAUGAUCAUCUCUCCAGCUGCUUCAGAUUUACAGACUGCAACGGCUCAUGCUACAACCAGUUGAACAUGAAAGCAGAGGCAACUUCAUUGGCCAAAACACUGAAUCAAUCGUGCACAUUGCAGGCUUAAGCAAACACAGCGUUCGCUUAGCAAAGUUACUUCAGACAGGUAAUGUUCCCUAUGCAGUACUUCAAACACUGAUAUAAGUUGUGUGGCUCUGUGACAAAAAAAACAAAUGAUGUGUGCAGUUUGUAAGUCGUUGUGUGUGUCUCGUAGGAUUUAUCUUUUCACUGUCAUAUAUGUAUUGUAUCAUGAUCACAACAAACUCUUUACCUUUAUUUGUCAUUGAAUUGCAAGAACUUGUUAUUACUAGCAUCAGGUUGUGUUAUCUAUUAUUGUCCAGUUUAUGACAGUUCUUUCACUUGUACUAAAUUCAGUUUAUGACAUUGCCAUGAAUGUUAAA